AUUUCCUAGAAAGCUAUCUCGUUGACCACAGGCGUUGCAGCUUCAUGUAGCUCUAUUUCGACUUUGUGAUGACGAUGUGGCGUUUUAGUGUCCUUAAAGUCAAAAAGAAAGGGUUUUGAACGUUUAUUGGUCUAAUUUUCGCAAAUGUCUGCUUGGCACAACUAUCAACUAGGAUAUGCAUAUUAUUUGAUACGAAAUAACAUCAUAAAAAACCCAAACCACUUUUUUGAAACACUUUAAGAUAGGCUACUAUAUAUAAGUUGAGUGUUGCGUUGGGUGCACUGUGUUUAUAUUUAGGCUAUGUUUACCCAGCGUCGUUAAAAUAGUUGGGCAAUAAUGGGUGAGUUGACUAAGGAUCAAUAUCUUGCAUGAUCCAUAAAUGUAUCAGCCAAUAUUGCAGUUCUUGAACUUCUUGUGGGGGCUAUUGAUAACCAGAGCAAGAGGGCUGGAAAAGAAGAGGAAGACCUAGCAUGUUGCGUCUGACCAAUAAUAAGAUGAGGCUUGCGUCACAGCCUUACAUCUGCAGACCUCAAAUGUUGCAGCGAGAGGAGCAGAGCAGAGAAAGAGACUAGUGGGGAAAAGUUUGCAAAAGGAUCAGGACUAACCUGGACAGCCUUGUAGACUGGUUUUAUGUGCCUGAGAAGUCAUUUCUGCUCUUUUUGACAUUUCGCAACCAUUGUAUUUGACUGUUUGUAGGCUUAUUUGAGAUCGAAAAGGACUGUAACAAUCAUGGAACUGCUUUGUCUCGAGAUGGACACCAUUAUAAGAGCGCGUCCUGACCCGAAUCUUCUUUAUGAUGACAGGGUACUACAAAGCUUGCUGACCAUCGAAGAGAGGUUUCUUCCCCAGUGUUCAUAUUUUAAAUGCGUUCAGAAAGAUAUUCAGCCCUUUAUGCGGAGGAUGGUGGCAACUUGGAUGUUGGAGGUCUGCGAGGAACAGAAAUGCGAGGAAGAAGUUUUUCCACUGGCUAUGAACUACUUGGACCGAUUUUUAGCGGUGGUACCAACAAGAAAAUGUAACUUGCAGUUGCUCGGCGCAGUGUGCAUGUUUCUUGCGUCUAAAUUGAAAGAGACGCGUCCAUUAACUGCAGAGAAGCUGUGCAUCUACACUGAUAACUCAAUCAGACCGCAGGAACUGCUGGAAUGGGAGCUGGUUGUUCUGGGCAAAUUGAAGUGGAAUCUGGCUGCUGUCACUCCCAAUGACUUUAUUGAGCACAUUAUGAGGAAACUUCCGCUGCCUGAGGAUAAGCUGGACCUGAUCCGUAAACAUGUGCAGACUUUCAUCGCCCUUUGUGCAACAGAUUUCAACUUUGCCAUGCACCCUCCAUCCAUGAUUGCAACGGGAAGCGUGGCAGCAGCUAUCUGUGGCCUCCAGCUUAACAGCACUAACCGCUCACUGUGGGGAGACAACCUAACAGAGUUACUCGCCAAGAUCACAAAUACAGAAGUUGAUCUGUUAAAGGCAUGCCAGGAGCAGAUUGAAAGAGUGUUGAUGAAUAACCUGAGGGAGGGCCGUCAGCAGCAGCAGAAACAGCAGCAGCAGGAACAGGGUGGCCCGCGCAGCAAAGCACUUGAUGACCAAGACCAGUCCAGCACCCCAACCGAUGUACGAGACAUCAACUUGUGAGCUUGCUGCAGGAACGCUGUGAUCAGUCUUCAAGAAAAAAAAAAAGAAAAAAACAACAAAAUACAAAAAUGACAAAAAAACAAACAACCCCAACAAAAAGUGCUUGCUAGUCUUUGUAGAUUUUUACCUUCAUUUUCCAGUAAAAAAUGGCUCCCAUAAAAAAUAAAAAAAAUAAAAUCUAUUUUAGAUAAAAAACAUUUUUUUGAUAUUUUUAAAAUGAUUUGAUACUGAUGCAAAAAGCUCUACGGUGCCUCAGACUCUUAGAAGGGAAGCGUGUAGUAUUUUGCAAACUCUUUUGAUUGUGUAAACAUAAUAAUAUGAUAUUUAAUGCUAAAGUGUUAGUGUAAUGGGCUUUUCAAAAUAGAGAGUCUACUGUAUCAGACUGGCUUGAAAGGGUACAAAAAGUGGGGCUAUGUUUUUUUUCUCCUGUUUUGUUGUGAUUUUUAUUUUUUGGUUCAUGUUGGAAUGCCUGAACUUGAACACACAAUGAGGUGCCAUGAGUAUGAAUGGACACACCCAUUCACUUGGCUGUGCAUUAGGACCAGAAAUAGGGAUUUAAAAAGGAGUGGUGAGACAAGUCUUAUGCUAAGAAUGCAGUGCUCUUUUGCUAGGGCAACAGGGGCUUAUAUCUUGAGAAUAGACUAUUAAUAUUAUUUUUAUUAUGAUUAUUAUUAUUAUUUCUGUUAAACAAGCAAGUUAUUGUCUCUCGAUGCUAAAGUUACAGACACUUCAAAUAAGCUUUUGUCAAGCUGCUUGUGUGCAUGCAUUUAUGUGUGGUGUAUGCUGGCUCAUGUGCAAGCGUGUACAAGUUACUCUAUAUCAAGCACUCUUGUGUGAGUCAUAUGGGCUUUGUUUAUCUUGAUUUUCAUCUAUCUGCAAGUGUUUGGUUAUAGAGACUGGUUCAGUGGUGGGCACAUGGUCAAAGGACUGGACAGGGGAUAGUACAUGAUUCCACAAUGGUUGGAGGGCCUCCUGUAUCAGUGCCUUAUAUUAAAUGCUUUUUUUACUGGCCUGGAAACUGCUUGAGGGCUGAGCCCAACCCAGUGCACAGAACAAGAGGAGGCAAGAACAGGGAGCGGACAGAGACGACUACGUUCCCUUGUAUCUUCUAAAGGCAAGAUGAGAUGUUUUUAAAAUUUGUGGGUAAGGUUGUCCUUCAUGGCAACCUCCCACUAAAUAUUACAGAUGUAUUGUAUACAGACAGUUUAUUACGUUAUUACGUGUUUUGUUGUGACCAUGUUGAAGGAGCCUUAGGCUGAUUUAUGGUUGGUCCCAUCAGGGACCGAAAAAUGAGUUGUUUGUAAACAAAUGUGUGCUAAUGCUGUUAGCAGUAAAGGAAUGUGUAGGCAAGAAUGAUCGAGGAUGAUGACGAUGAAACUUGGUUGGUUUGAGGUGUGAAGCAUGCUGCUGAGAUGAGGAUGCUUAUAUGGAGUUAGGAGAAGCAGGAAAGGAGGCCAAAGGAGAAACAACAGCUAUGGUUUCCAUAUAUCACCUGAUAUUUAAGAUCUUUAAUCUAUUUGUCUGUUUAUUUGUUUGUCCUUUAGUUUUUAUGUCUCAUGUUUGAAUUACAGACCAGUAUCUAAACCAGUUCCAUUGAUACCGCUAGUGCAUAUCUGGGGAAGGUUACUCCUUCGGUUUUAGUUCAGAGUGCAUGUUUGCCAUGGAUAACAAAUGGUUAAGGUUAAGGAGUCUUUUUAUUUUAUUUUUUAUUUUUUGGGCUGGUUUCCCAUGUUUAGUUCAUGGCAUGUUCAGUUCAUUAUAGUGUUAAAGCAUUGGAAACCAAUGUAUAACAAGCAACAACAAUGAAAUAACAAUAUUAAUGCAAAUUUUAAAUAAAUAAAUGAAAAUGACCAAAAAACAGACAACAGAAAGACAGAAAACAGAUUGAAAUAGAAGAAAAAAAUGUUUGUUGAUUUGCACGCUCCAAGGGCAGUUUUCAAUUUGAAAAGACUUGUGCAACUGCAACAUUGCAGAAAAAAUUUUAUGUAGUGCCUUGAGUCUGAUGUAGACUUUCACCCUGUUUUGCUGAGCUUAAGCAUAAGACCCACUACCCAGCCAUCCAAAAUGUGCUGCUUCCAAAGGUUGAACUGGCAUGGGGUUUCAAAACUUCCACAAGUCAUUACACAGUGGCUAAAACAGGGUGCAUCAGCAGCACAAAACGGCUUUCAUAUACUGAAUUCUCAUAGCUUACCUUGAAAAGGGGCAGUCGAGCUUAGGUUUGUGUCCGUCUAUGUAUGUGUGUGUGUUUGUGUGCAUGUCUUUCUGUGAGUAAAGGAGAUGUUUACAUGUACUCAUGCAUUUCCUUUCUCCAGAAACAGUUCUUAGUGAUGCUUGAGUUUCACAAGUCACAUUUCCUCCAUCCUCACACCAAAACCCCCGGUCAAUGUUAUUGUAUUAAGUUAGCCUGUCUUAUUAUUUUUCUAGCUCUGUUUUGAAAAUGAAUUCCAGUACUGUUAAUAGAUUGUAUGGCUGGCUUGAGUUUGAAUAUGGACCGAAGUUUUGUUCCUUAAGGGGUAUGAUACUGUAUUCCAAAGUGAUGAGAGAUGGAAAGAGUGUGAAGACAUCAAUCAAGUGUCAAUAUUGUUAUUAUUGUUUUUUUCCGCUGCUAAAAAGCUAUGAUUUUUUUUUGUUUGUUUCAUCUUAUACACAAAAAUAACAUUACAUAGUUGUGAUGUCACAUCAGUGUGCUGCUAUUUUAUAAACAAUUGUAUUAUAAUUAUUUUACUGCUUACAGAAUACUUUGAGAACACAGAAGUAGAGGGUAAAAGAAGAACAUGAAUUGAGUAUUCGACUGGAAAUGCUCUUUGUACAGUGUGCUCUUAUUAAGGCAUGUUUCUUUACCUUUUAAUCUUUUUUUCCUCCUCUUCUUUCUCCGUCACAUUCUGUAAGUGUGGUAUCGCUAUACCUCAGGUUUACUGGACAUAAAAGACUUUCCCAUUACCUCGCACAACUCACAACAGUUUUUUCGGGAACCUGGAAAGGGCAGCACAAAUAAGAGGUUAUGAUAUUUCUGCUGUGUCCGAUGUAGUAAAUUAAGUGGAACUGAAUUUCCAAAGUAGAUGAAUAGCAAGCUUACAAGGCUCCCACCUGGACUUCAGAAAUAGUGGACAGAGGAGGUGAUGAACGUUUGACUGUCUUAUGUACACGGCCCAUAUCAGCGGAAAUAAACCUGUAAAUAUCAAAUAAGCAACAACAUUGAGAAAAGCCCUCCUCCCUCCACUAUAACCAUAUCAUGUACCUCAGUUACGUCUGCUGCACAACCUCUGUUCAAUAAAUCUGCUUUAAAGAGUGUGGUGCUGUGUUGGUCCUAUGUUAUUGUUCCCUUCUAUUGGCAAAGUUAACAGUGAAAAUAACAAUGGGAAUCUAUCCAGCUUGUUAUAACCUGGUAAAGAACGACUGUGAAGACAGUGUUGAUAAUCAGACAUAGGCCAGAUGGAAAAUGACACAAGGUUGAACUUUUCUGUUUGACAAUGAUUCCUUCCAGAAUUAUCCGCUAAAUAAUUACAACUAAAUCAGACUUUCACAGCUGAUUUUGAGGAGAUUAAUUCAUUAGGGCUUGGCAACUCUGUGGAUAUUCUUUGGAUUUCUGUUGAACUCAAAUAAUUUGUCAUUGAGAGCAUGAAUGAAGUUAAAGGAGAGGACAUGCUGUAUGCUAAGGUCAAUAAACUUACCAUGAAAGAA